CGAUAUACAAGGAAAUAAAAUCAGCCCUGCAGGUUCUGCACAUCGAUAAACAACGCCUGCAAAAUGAGGGUUAUAGAGUUAAGAAUGGGCUGUGGGGGAGAAUCAUCAGGGCAACUGGAAAACCGAACUCCCUCCGAAGGAGACGUCAGUUUUAUGACGUUUGGAGAAAGACAGGUUUAACAUCGCAGUGUGAACCACAGGGACUCCAAGGGUCUUUUCUGCCAAGCCCUGCUUACCCAGCUUCUGCACCACAGGAACUAGUCAAAACCGAACCACAGGAAUUUGGCGAAACUGACCAGUUGUUUAAAAUGGAAAAUGACAGCGAAGGCAGCUCCAGAAAGUGCAAUCAGGUGUAUGACGUCAUAAACCGCUGCCUGUCGACUGAUGAGGCGGUACGAAUUCUAACAAAUGUGGAUGUAAGUAAAGUGAGCUCACUGCAACCAGCGCAUCCCCAGUCUGGAGAGCUUUACUUGUACAAAUAUCAAAAAGGUCAGGGAAAUAGAGGUCAAGACUGGACACCGGAGAAUGCCCUGUGGAUCAACUUGGGUACAAGGAAUGUUCCUCACCCUAGAGGUUACCUGACAGUGAGAUACUUUGUUGCUCGAGGAGAAGGUCAAGAGAUUAGAAGGCGGAUAUAUGAGAUGUCUGAAGAUGUUGGACCGUACAUGUUGGUACAUUACUUAGGUGAGAAUUCACGAUUACGGAGACCUCGUAGACACAUCCAGUUUGGCCAACAGAUGUUUGCACAAACCACGCCUCAAGAGGAACUCAAGAAAGUCGAAGAGGAGCUGGAUAUUUCUGAUGUUUCUGAAGUGCAGAAGAUCACAGAAAACACUCCUGUCAACAGCAAACCACUUGCAGAAACCUUGAUGUCAGCGAGCAUGGAGCAAAAUCCAAACACUGGCGAAGAGUCAGGCAACUUUCUCAACCCCAAAGACAUAAUGGCGACUCAAAUGAUGUGCAGGGAGCUGAAGGACUUCGUUGUUCAUAUGAGUGUUUACCCAGAUGUGAUUAUCGUCGCUGCAUUGCCCGAGAUGACCGAGCAGUUCCAAGUGAUGCUGAAGAAUUCAGAUCCAUGCGUAACGCAUAUCCUCUACUACAACAGCACAUUUAACCUGGAGAACUUCUACGUGACGCCUCUUCUUUUUUGCCACAAUGAUUUUGAGGAGAGCCCAACUUUUCCGUUAGCUUUCCACAUUCACCAGUGCCAGAAAGAGAGAGCUCACACCAUAUUUCUAGAGGAACUUCUAUGUCUUCUGCCAGAUCUGAACUCCAAUCGAUUUGUGAUUUGCACUGAUUGCGAGGCUGUCGUUGAGAACUCUGUCAAAAAUGUCUUACCCAACGCUUCUGCAUUCAACAGCUUCCGUCAAGUUCUGUACCAUCUGAGAUACAAAGUGAUGUUUUGUGAAGAGGAUGACAUUGAGGACAAUGUGCAAGGGUACAUGAACAAUUUGAGGAGUCUUAUUUGUUCGGAAACUGAAGAACAAUGGAGGGUUAAACUUGGUUACUUUUCUGUUACCUGGAGCACUGCCUUCCUUGAGUACUUCCAGAUGCACCUGGAGGCCCUGACAAAAAGGUCUGCCAGGUUUACCCUCAAAGCACUUGGCCUACCAGAAGAUGAAAAGAUCACUAGUACUUUUCAAGAACUCAGUAUGAUGCUGAUACAGAUGAGGCAUAGGAAACUCAGACUGGAAACGACUGUAUUCACGACAUUCCAGAUCUCGAUGUACUUCCUAAACGAAGUCUUGAGAAGCAGUUGCAACAUGGGGCCCUACAAACCCACUCCCGCAAGCUCCAGAAGUGCUACCGACAUGGAUGAUGUUGACUUCCCAGAGUUUGUUAUGACCCCGAAAGAGAUUGUCCACUUCUUUAAGAACAGUUUGGCUGAUGACAGUGACACCAUGCCAGAGCAGGAGGCAUCAGGAGGGUACGACCUGGCAUCAAUGCGACCAAUGGCAGAACUGAUCAUUGAGAAGAACAAAAUAAGUCUUGAGCCCAGCAUAAAGUCGUUCUUUGUAACGGGGUGGAGGGGCCAGAAAUACGUUGUUAAAGUCUACCCAGAAGAACGAUGCUCUUGCUUCUUGGCUCACCACUGCUGCCACAUACUGGCGGCACGUACGGCUAUCGGAUUAGAGAAGGAAAAGAAGGAAAAACCUUCCUUCAGAUUAUGGAAAAUGUGUCGGACGGCUGAAACAACACCAUCGGGGGAAAAGGGAACCAGUGUUGUACCUCUGAAGGAGGUCAAGUUCACACAGUGUUUCCCAGACGCUUGUGGUGGCGACGCUCACAAUAAGAAUUACCUGAUCCUAGAGGACUCCAGUUCUAGCAGUGAAUCUGAGGAAGCUAACGAAGACUCUGAAUAAAACCUUCCCAUCACA